AUGGUGAAAGCGGCAGAGCUGGCCAAGAAGACGAUGAAGCUCGAGAAAGAUGAGACGAAACGAAUCACUCAUUCACUCAAAGUAGGGUUUGCGCUGUCCUUAGUGUCGUUGAUCUAUUACUACCAGCCGCUCUACAACAGCUUCGGCGUCGCCGGAAUAUGGGCCGUCAUGACUGUGGUGGUUGUCUUCGAAUUCUACGUCGGGGCCACUCUAAGUAAAGGGUUGAAUAGAGGACUUGCUACAUUGGUUGCCGGUGCACUUGGUGUUGGCGCUCAUCACUUGGCAGGUCUCUCAGGAAAAACCGGCGAGCCCAUAAUGCUUGGUUUCUUCGUCUUUCUUCAAGCCACCGGUUCGACGUUCAUGAGGUCCUUUCCGCGAAUCAAGGCGAAGUACGACUACGGGAUGCUGAUAUUCAUACUGACCUUCGCGCUGGUGUCGGUGUCGGGCUUCCGGGAGGACGAGAUACUGGAGUUCGCGAACAAGCGGCUCGCCACCGUCAUCAUCGGCGGCUUCGCCUGCCUGAUCACCUCCGUCAUCGUGUGUCCCGUCUGGGCCGGCGAAGACCUCCACGGCCUCAUUGCUCACAACAUGGAAAAGCUUGCCAACUUCUUGGAAGGAUUUGAGAAUGGAUACUUGAGAGAAUCGGAAAACAGUGACUCCGAUAAGAGCAAGUCACUUUUGCAAGGAUACAAAAGUGUUCUCGGAUCGAAGAGUAAAGAAGAAUCUCUGGCAAAUUUUGCAAGUUGGGAACCACGUCACGGCCGGUUCGGCUUUCGUCAUCCGUGGAAGCAAUACCUAAAGAUUGGAGAUUUGAUUCGUCAAUGUGCCUAUAGGAUUGAAGCCCUUGAUAGCUACCUCACCACUAAAUUCCAAGCCCCACCACAAGUUCAAACUAGACUCAAAGAGCUCUGCGCAGAGAUGAGCAAGGAAGCCGCAAGAGCUCUGAAGGAACUCGCAUCUUCCCACAAGACGAUGACCGUGCCGUCCUCCGCGACUCCCCACCUUGAGAAGUCCCAAACCUCCGCGACAGCCCUCAAGUCGCUGCUCAACACGACCGGACUCCUCACCGCUGUCCACGCCACCACUGUCACCUCACUCCUCCUCAACAUCAUCGACUGCACGGACGAGAUUGCCAAGUCUGUCAACGAGCUCGCCUCCCUCGCCAGCUUCAAGAAGCAUGUCAAGUGCAAUGAAGUCGUGCUGACUGCGAGUACGCUCGAGGUGAACGUCUCGCCAGAAAACGGGACUCCUCCAGUGAGACCGAAUCCAGCGCGGGUGGUGUAG